UUCCCUUUUUUAACGUUCAGCAGAAUCAGCGAAGAGGAACAAAGUCGCUCGAUUUGCACUCAAAAGACGUAAUUCUGCAGGAGGAACGUCCCCUCGCAUCCGAGAAUGAAUGUCACGAAGAUACUCCUCGGGGUGGCGGGGCUGGCUGUGGUGAUUACCUUAAUAGCUGUUCCGACGGCCUUAUUUCUUAAUGAGAAGAAGGUGGAUUCCCGGAGAACGUUUACCCUUCAGGACUAUUUCAACAGCAGCAUCAAGGCCAGAUCCUACAACCUGUUGUGGCUCUCUGAUGGCGAGUACCUACAUAAGACGCAGGAGGGAGCGGUUUUACUCUUCAAUGUGUCUUCUGAGAAGGGGCAGGAGUUUCUGAGCCGCCAAACAUUUGACCAGGUGGAGGCCUUUGACUACAUGGUGUCAGCAGAUCGACAGUUUGUCUGCUUCCUGAGCAACUACUCAAAGAUCUGGAGACACUCCUUCACUGCUUCCUACUCUAUCUAUAACCAGGAGACUGGGAGUUUUAUCACUGCAGAUAUCCCACAGGAAAUCCAGUACUUGGCCUGGUCUCCAACUGGUCACAAACUGGCGUUUGUGUGGAAGUAUAACGUUUACGUGAAGGCUAGUCCCAACUCACCACUGCAACAGGUUACCACGGAUGGGCAAAUGAAUGUGAUCCUGAAUGGGAUCCCUGACUGGGUGUAUGAGGAGGAGAUGUUUUCCUCAAAUUAUGCUUUAUGGUGGUCUCCAACGGGCAAGUACCUGGCCUUCGCAAAGUUUAAUGAUACCAAUGUCCACACCAUCGAGUACCCGUGGUACGGGGAGGGCCAGUACCCUGAAACCAUCUAUAUCCCAUACCCCAAGUCGGGAACACCAAACCCAACAGUGCGCCUCCUUGUGGUUGACACUGCAAAUGUGUCCAACAUUACAGAGGUUGUGGUGCCAAGUGCUCUCAGAGCCCGAGACCACUACCUGAGCACGGUAACCUGGGUGACAGAUGAAAGAAUCGCAGUUCAGUGGCAAAAUCGGACUCAAAGCUAUGUGAUUCUACAAAUGUAUGAACUGGAGGGUGCCACCUGGAGGGAAACCAUAGAACGGAAUUUGAUGAGCCAAACAGGUUGGGUUGGCCGGUUCUCCCCGAUUGAGCCCGUCUUUAGGCCGGACGGCUCCAGCUAUUACCUCAUCAUGAGCGACGCAAAGGGCUUCAAACAUCUUCAUCACAUCAGUGAGGACACUGCCACCCCCAUAACUUCAGGAAAAUGGGAGGUCACCAACAUCCUCAAGGUCACCAAAGAUGCUGUAUAUUAUGAGAGUAACGAGCACAAUGGCCAGCCAGGGCAAAGGAACGUUUACAAAAUCUCUAUUGAAGGCAGUAAUUAUUCUCAGCGAGUCUGUCUCACCUGUACCCUGAUGGAGGACAGGUGUAAAUAUAACUCUGCCUACUUCAGCCAUGAUGGCACCUACUACAGGAUGGGCUGUUCAGGCCCAGGACUUCCUUUGUACACUCUGAGAGACAGCCGGGGCGCUGGUUCAGAGGUCCGAGUUCUCGAGGACAACACAAACCUGGAUUCCAUUCUUCAGGGUAUUGCCAUGCCCACGGUCACACAUGGCACGCUGAAGAUCGGCGAGUUUGAGCUGUGGUACCAGAUGACUCUUCCUCCAAACUUGGACAAGUCGAAAAAGUAUCCGCUGCUCAUUGACGUCUACGCCGGGCCGUGUAGCCAGAAGUCGGACUUCCGCUUCCAGACCAGCUGGUCCACGUACCUAGCCAGCACGGAGAACAUCAUUGUGGCCAGCUUCGAUGGCAGAGGGAGUGGCUUCCAGGGAGACGACAUAAUGCACGCCAUCUACCGACACCUGGGCACCUACGAGGUGGAGGACCAGAUCACAGCGGCCAGACAUUUAAUUGAUUUGGGCUAUAUCGAUAAAAAUAAAAUUGCAAUUUGGGGUUGGUCCUAUGGUGGUUAUGUCACUUCAAUGGUUCUGGGAGCAGGCAGCGGGGUUUUCAAAUGUGGCAUGGCUGUUGCCCCGGUGUCCAAGUGGGAAUAUUAUGAUUCUAUUUACACUGAGCGUUACAUGCUGACUCCAUCAGAAAACCAGGCCUUGUACGACAAUUCCACAGUGACGAGCAGAGCAAAAAACUUCAAAUCUGUUCAGUACCUGCUGGUUCAUGGCACAGCAGAUGAUAACGUCCACUUCCAGCAGGCUGCCCAGAUCUCCAAAGCCCUUGUUGAUCAGCAAAUUGACUUCGAUUCCAUGUGGUACACUGAUAAAGACCAUGGUCUUGGAGGAUCAGCCAAUCAGCAUGUUUAUACUCAUUUGAGUCAUUUCCUGAAGGACUGUUUUGCCUGAGAUGUUCCUCACAGCGGUGCGCUGUCAUUGGCUGAGGCUUCUUGAGUAACGUCUGGAAGAACUGCUUUUACGAAAUGUUCCUGUAGUCACCAGACAUCAUCCCCAUCAUCACAGGAUAUUCCGCAACAGUUUAUCUGAUCGCUAUUAAAUCCAUUAUAAAUUCUACUCCAUCAAAGGAAAUUUCAGGGAAAAGUAAUAUAUUGUGCUGUAUAUCCUACAUGUGUAGUGAAAAUUAUCAUUUUAUAAAGCCAAAGUAUUGUAACAAAUUCAAA